UCCUAAUAUAGGGCCCGCGCCGCCCGCCAGCAGAACAGCACUGGAGCCCCAGAGCUUAGCGGUGUCAAACAGUCCCCGCAGUACCCACCAGCGCCCUUCAGCUGCAGCCGCAGAACCGUUGUCUAGAGCCGCAAUUUCUCCACUAUGAGAGUCCUGCUGGCGUGCCUGCUUCACUGCGCUCUGAUCGUGAGCGACUCCGAAGGCAGACGUGAAUUUCGAGCAUCAGAUGCAUCGAACUGUGGCUGUCUGAAUGGUGGAACAUGUGUGUCCUACAAGUAUUUCUCCAACAUUCGGAGAUGCAACUGCCCAAAGAAAUUCCAAGGGGAACACUGUGAAAUAGAUACAUCAAAAACUUGCUAUGAGGGGAAUGGUCACUUAUACCGAGGAAAGGCCAACACUGACACCAAGGGCCGACCCUGCUUGGCCUGGAACUCUCCUACUGUCCUUCAGAAAGCAUAUCAUGCCCACAGACCUGAUGCCGUUCACCUGGGCCUGGGGAAGCAUAAUUACUGCAGGAACCCAGACAAUCAGAGACGGCCCUGGUGCUAUGUGCAGAUUGGCCUAAAGCAGUUUGUCCAAGAAUGCAUGGUGCCCGACUGCUCUGUUGACCAACUACAGUUCCAGUGUGGCCAGAAGGCUCUGAGGCCCCGCUUUAAGAUUAUUGGGGGAGAUGUUACCACCAUCGAGAACCAACCCUGGUUUGCAGCCAUCUACCGGAAGCACCGGGGAGGCUCUGUCACCUAUGUGUGUGGAGGAAGCCUCAUCAGUCCGUGUUGGGUAGUCAGUGCCACACACUGUUUCAUUAAUCACCAACAGAAGCAGGACUAUAUUGUCUACCUGGGUCGGUCAAGGCUUAACUCCAAUACCCCUGGGGAGAUGAAGUUUGAAGUGGAACAACUCAUCCUGCAUGAAGACUAUAAUGCUGACAGCCUGGCUCACCACAAUGAUAUUGCCUUGCUUAAGAUACGUUCCAGCAUGGGCCAGUGUGCACAGCCAUCCCGGUCCAUACAGACCAUCUGCCUGCCCCCCAAGUAUGACGAUGCCCAUUUUGGCACAAGCUGUGAGAUCACUGGCUUUGGAAAAGAGAAUCCUACUGACUAUCUCUAUUCAGAGAAUCUGAAAAUGACUGUUGUGAAGCUGGUUUCCCACAAGGAGUGUCAGCAGCCCCACUACUAUGGCUCUGAAGUCACCACCAAAAUGCUCUGUGCCGCUGACCCACAGUGGGAAACAGAUUCCUGCCAGGGAGACUCUGGGGGCCCCCUGGUCUGCUCCACCGAAGGCCGCCUGACUCUGACUGGGAUUGUGAGCUGGGGCCGUGGAUGUGCUUUGAAGAACAAGCCAGGUGUCUACACCAGGGUCUCACAGUUCUUGCCGUGGAUCCACACCCACAUUAGGGAAGAGAAUGGCCUAGCCCUUUGAGGGCCCCCAGGAAGCUGAGGGAAGAAACAAAUGGGCUGCCCACUUCCAUGCUGACCAUCAUUUCUGCAGUAGAGUCAGCUCCAUCAGCUGUAAGGAAGAGACUGGGAAGACAGGCUCUGCAGAGAUGCUUUCGCUUGUGCUGCCCAUCAGGGUGAACAACAAUAGCUUUACUCUCAGACACGGGCCUGGGUGCUGGCCACCCAGACUUUGCUGGCAAGGAAAGAGAGGUGAUCCUGACUCAGGAUACUAUUAACCAGAAAUUGUCUUUUUAUGGACUAAAUCCUCCUGGAGUUAAAAAUGGCAUCUCCUGUGCAUGUGUGGGAGGAGAGCUGGCUCCCCCUAACCGGGGUCAUUCAUAAGGCCUGCUGUUGGGAAAUGAAUAAUUUCCCAACUAGGAAGUAUAACAGCUGAGGUCUCUUGAGGGAGCUUGGCCAAUGUGGGAACAGUGGUCUGGGGAGUAGAGACACUAACGACUUGAGGAAAAGCUCUGCAUUCCAUGAAUGGAUCAGGAAGUAUUAUAUAUAUGUAUAUAUUUGUGCACUUGUGUACCAGCUCUAGGUGUAAGUGUGAGUAAGAGCUGGUGUGUUCCUGUGUCUGACUGUAAGUCUAGAUACUUCCCUAAACUUUGGACUGUGAUGCCACACAGAGUGGUUUGUCUAGAGAGGUUUUGAGUCACUCCUGAGCCUCUUGGGUCUCCAUGUGAUGAUGCUUGUGAAUGUAUUAUUCUUGGGCAAGACCCAUGACCAGCACUAGAUGUCUGUUUCACUUUCAUGUAGAGGUCUCUUUCUGGCCAGUUAUUCCUCUGACUUUUCAGUCUAGUUCAUCUAAUCCUCACUGGGUGGGGUAAGGACCACUCCUGUAUACUAAAUAUUUAAUAAUUAUAUUCAGCUAUUUUUAUUUAUAUCUAUUUUUUAUAAUUGUGAAUAAAGGUGAUCAAUAAAAAGUCA